AUGCCAGGUGCCCGGCGCUGGGGCGGGGGGGAGCGGGGCAGGGCGGUGCCAGGCGAUCACCAGCACAGGCUCCCCAGCGCUGUCCAGCGCCCCGAGGCGGCGGCUCCCCUCACGCCUCCAUUUUCCGCUCGGCUCCUGCCGCCCGGCGAGUGCCCGGGGCCUGGGGGUGGCUCCUCUCCUCCCGCUCCCGGCCCAGCCUGGCACCGACACCUCCGCCGGCGGAGCGGGGGAUGCUGCUCCGUGAAGGGGCCCAGCGCCCUGCCGCUGCGGCCCGGCCCCGCCUGCCGGGGAGCGCUGGGCUCGCCUCACGCCUCCAGGUGCUACUGUAAUGCAGUCAUCCCUGCCGGGGCCCCGUCAAAACUGUUCGAAUCGGGCCCCGCACUUCCUAAAGCCGGCCCUGGCCGCGGCGGUCGACUUGCCGCUGUGAAGACGGCCAGGAUGUCGUUACACAGCUGGAGAAAUUCUUUUCCGCAGCAAAAAGCUGUCAGCAAAUCAGCAUCAAGUGUUAACUGUUCUUAAACUGGGGGUCACAACCAAGAGUCAGGGGUCAAGACUACGCUGUCCUUUUCAUACUACCGAAUGGGAAGAUGGUCCUAGCUUGAUGGGAGAAGGUUCUGCAGGUGGAUGAGGAGACAGCGGAAGGAAAGUCCUGGAAUGGAGAAGUUUGAUCUAUUUCUUUUUCCAACACAAAAUUCUAAACUUUAGAAAUUUGCACUAAAACCUUUUAGUAAACAACCGUUAAUGAG